ACGAAGUAAAAGAAGGUGGUCUUCUGCAGAGCUGGGUUCAGCUUCACUGCCCAGGUCACCAAGGCAUUGCCGACCACUGCAAAGAUCCCAGUCACAGACUCCAAUGUGAUAUAGAUCACUUCCAGGCUGCCUACAGACAUUUUGGACAUCUGAGGCUGUUUAUGUGCAAAAUUAAGAAAUACUGCACUGAAUUCUCUUUUUCCUCCAACAGCCAGGUCAGAAGCCAGCUCCACCCCGAUCUGCCUUAAAUUAAGUCCCUCAUUCAGAAUUUUGCACGCUUUCCGAUCUGCAUACACAACCCUUUAAAGAUGAGCCGAGCAACUUGUCCACAGAAACCCAUGUACCGGACAUUUUAUAAGAAACCUGCAACACCCUUCUUUCUGCCUCCUUGGGGUUUCAGCACAUUUAACGGGUGCUUUUGCAGAAAAGCCAACACUAUAUAAUGGCAGCAUCAUGCUAUCAGCAAACCACAAGGGGCUGUUACAUGUGGUAAUUUUGCUAGUCUAGUUUAGCCCCAAGGGCUCGGUCUCCUCCCCAGCCGGGUGCCUAGCAGGGUGAAUUAGCUGAUGCACAGCUCUAAGGCAUUGUGGCUAGACUGCUCUGUCUCUGAGCUUCUUUAAAACCUGCUCAGCCUAUACUAUACGCGGUGUAGGUGCAGCAUCAAAGAAAACAGGGCCAGGGGACCUCGAGUGGUCCAGUCUGUUCCCCUGCCACAAAAAAAGGGGUGGGGAGGGCAAAUCUGAAGACAUUCAGCUGGAUUUUGGGUAAGCAAAAGGCAAAUGGAGGGAGAAACGUUUUCUUUUGACUCCGUGGCACAAGCUGCUGCCCCUAGGGCCCUGGGCAGUACUAAGUUCUCGUUCUCAGGAGCCGCGUUUACAGCGGGCACGGGGCGGCAGAGGAGGGUGGCCCCACUGAAGCCCCUGUAACUCAGCUUUGCAGUAGCUGUCUCUACAGGAGGCAUCUGGCUGCAGCUACAAGGGUAGAUGGCAGAAGAAGGAAGCUGGUGCUGAAGUCGAGGAGAUGCAUAGCAAGGGCAGGAAGCGGGGAGCACUCUUGCCCAAGCAUGGCUGGCAGCCAGGAGGGCACAGGCUCCCCAUGCCUGCUCAGAGCUGCAAAGUGCCAGCUGCCCACUCCAUCCCAGGUACUUCUUGGAGAAACAACACAUUCACCUUACAAAAGCCCAGCACACAUCCCAGCUGUGACCUUCACAUGCCUCUCCUGGGAUUUAUCCUGCACCCACAGACAUCCUGUGUCAGAUCUGAUUAGAAAACCAGCAGAGCCCAGUUCAGCUGCAGACUAGGACUGUCUGUAGAUGGUUCACCAUUUUCCCAGCAGUAAUUCUACCAAAACACCCCCUAGUCAAGAAGCACUUAUAUCAAUUUCAUGGUAGCGGAAUUGAAGUCUCAUAGUUUUCUGGCUCUAUCUCCUCCCAGGGCUGGUUUUACUUCCCCAUUCUCAGUUUUGCCAGACAGCUGGGUGGAAGAGAUGGUGGAUUUGGUGUAUGGGAAAUCAAACGUUGCCCAUGUUUGCUUAAGGCUUCGUUACACUAAUACGGCACCAUCUACCUAAUCGUUUACUUGCUAUUUGCUCAUUCCCGGAAAGCGUGCAUUUCUACGUGCCCGGGAGCCAGGCUACCCUCUGACCUGCAGGCUGACAUGAGCUCACGUUUGCAUCCCUUUGCAGUUUCAUCUGAAAUGGAAGCAGCUCUUUCACUGCAGACCCACACCGAGGAGCAAGGCACCAUGCACUGCUGGGCUCACCUGCAGCAAGCGGAUCCCAGGUUUUGCACCCUCUCCCUGCUACUUCACGUCCCACACCUCCCCUCAGUUUCUCCACAGACAAAGCAUAGGAAAGUAUGCCAGUCUUUGAACACACCUUGGUUGGUCACCUUACUGAUUUCUAGCAGAAAUGAGGGCUGUCACCACAAACACCACCUGCAUUACAACUGUUCUUGUGAGACUGAGAAAGGUCCAAGUAAAGAGCAUUUUUCAGCCACCUCAGGGGCCUUAACUGAAAUGGUAUGCUUUGAAUUAAAUCAAGUAUUGGAAAUUAACAAAACACCCUUCUAAACCCCCCCGAACUACUUCAUUUCCUAUAGUGACUGCAGAGUGAUUAUUUAGAUUGAUAAGUGACAGCUUUCACAGUAAAUUCUGGUUACACUUCUCCCACUUCUAGAACUGUGGCUCGGAAGAGGAAGCAGCUGAAGUGUUUGCUUAUAACACUGCUGGUACAGAGGCUUGUGGAAGCUUUUCCAUUUUUUUUCCAUCAAAAUAGCUUUCCAAAGUACCUCACUGACAGCAGGCUGCUGAAGGGAUGCUGUGAGCUUCAGGAGAUGUGUCCAGAGAGGGGAGCGUUUCCUCGAUGUUAAGGUAUUUGUAGCUCUGUGGAAAGGCAACAGCUGAUUUGCUGCCCGAGUGCUGAGGAUUUGAAUUCCUGGAAGAGGUUUGCAGACUGGAGAGUCACUGGAACUGAGCACCAGACGUUGAGGACAAAUCCCACGCAGAGUCAUCAAUGCCCAUGCCCCCUUCUGCAGUUCAAGCCAGGGUGGGAGCAUCUCCAGCAACUCGCCAUGCCAAACGACAGCCUGGUGCUGAGCAGCCUGGAUUGGGUUUACAUCAGUACCGAGUGCCUGGUUGCUUUGUUUGCCACCUUGGGUAACAUCCUGGUCAUCUGGGUGGUGAAGCUGAACUCGACAUUUCAGAACACAACUCUGUACUUCGUUGUUUCCCUGGCGCUGGCUGACAUCGCAGUAGGGGUCCUUGUCAUGCCCCUGGCCAUCGUGGUGAGUCUGGGCAUCAGCAUCCACUUCUACAACUGCCUAUUUAUGUGCUGCCUGAUGGUGGUUUUCACCAAUGCCUCCAUCCUCUCCCUCCUGGCCAUUGCAAUCGACAGGUACCUGCGAGUGAAGCUGCCAACCAGAUAUAAACUAAUCACCACAGAGAGAAGAGUUUGGUGGGCACUGGGUUUGUGCUGGUCUCUGUCCCUGCUGGUAGGGUUAGUUCCCAUGUUUGGAUGGAACAAGGCAGAACCAAGAAGCUCUGACUUUCUCGUGUGUCGAUUUACCUCUGUGAUGAGGAUGGAUUACAUGGUAUAUUUUGGCUUCUUCACAUGGACCCUUGUCCCUCUGCUCAUCAUGUGUGCUCUGUAUGUUGAGAUCUUUUACAUCAUCCGGACAAAGCUAAGUCAAGGUACAACCAGUGUGAGAGGAGCAGGAGGUUUUUACAGACAGGAGUUCAAGACAGCCAAAUCUCUAGCACUUGUUCUCUUCCUGUUUGCAAUAUCCUGGUUGCCUCUGUGCAUUAUAAACUGCAUUUCCUAUUUUUACCCUGAGUCUCAGAUCCCCCCGUAUUUCAUGUACUUGGGAAUCCUGUUAUCCCAUGCCAAUUCUGCCAUGAACCCCAUUGUCUAUGCUUGCAAGAUAAAGAAGUUCAAAACCACAUACCUUUUAAUUUUAAGGACCUAUAUCCUGUGCAAAAACCCAGACCCAUUUGUUACAAACAACAGACCAACAGUCACAAAUAAAGAGUGAGCGUUGACCUGCCAGUGUAUACCAGGCCACUGAUAAACUGCUUGGUUAAGAAGCUCAUGGGAAAAAUGCGUGUUCUGUUUAAUCUACUCCCACUCUCACACAAAGUGUUUUAUGAUAAGGGCAAGCUCCUCUCACUCAAUCUGAUGCACAUUUGACAUUAAACCCCAAAGGAUCAUUUAUGAUCUCCUGCCUUGUUGUACCCCAGAGAAUUCUGCUUAGUUGUUGCUGUACCAAGCCCAGCUCUUUCAGGCAGGUGUUUUCAUCUAACAGGACCUUCCAGUUCCAAUUUGUUGGCUUGAGCGUUAUUUGGUAGGCCAGCAACCCAAAGCACUAUUUAAGGCGGCAGACUCUUUGCUCCCAGUUCCUCAGCAGGGAUCCGUGACCAGCUGGUAAAAAAGUGUUGGCUCAUUUCUAGUUUUAACUCAAAGCUAAGAAUUCUUUUCAUUAUAACUUUGAUUUCUCUUUUUGCCCAUAUAGGCCCUUUGCUCACACACAGCCAGGCUUGCCCCGACUUUUUUUUUGGUCCAGUAGUACCAGUCCAAUAAAAUUAGAGCAGCAACACCACCACCUGCAGCUGACCCGCCUUGUGAAAUUACCCCCACCUGCUCCUGCUGGCCCCACCGCUGUCCAUGUCAGCUGGAAGGCCAGAAGCUGUGCUGACUUUGGUAAGUCUCCUCUUCUUUGGAGGGGAUCCUGUCAGAGGGAGACUUUCACUGCUUUUAAGUCAGGACAGUGCUCACCCCAGAAGCCUGCAAAACAGACCUUGGACACAGAGCACCAGGCAAGAGCUGAACACACUGAAGCUAUCCAUUAGUGAGCUAUGUUGGGGACAGGGCAGCAUGCCAGGAAGAGAUGACUGUCAAAAAGUCAAUUAAUGAUAUCUUUAAGUUCUUCCCUCCUCCCUCAGCUACCUGACAAGGAUAGAAUCAACUAUCCCAAAACAACCAAGGAUGCAUUUCCCCGAUUUGUUACUAAAACACAUCCAUUGCGGGGAUUCUUCGUGCACAGUAUAUUCCCAUGCUUAAUUCUCCCUACAAUCACAAACUGUUCUCGUAACACCUGAUAUAAAUGUAAUUUGCUCAAGUCUUCUCUGUAAACCUGAGGAACAAUUACUCUUUUGGUAGCAACCUGUUACAGAUCUGAAGACUACUCUAAAGGUGUAUGUAGGUAUGUGUCUAUAUAUGCUUUUGUAUUAAAUAGUUUCAAAAUACAGAAAAGAUACUUAAGAGAAA